AUGGCCGAGCGUCGUCGAUGGGUCUCAUCCUUCCGCGACCUCGCUCUCCGACGCAACGACUUCCAAGUAACCUUCUCCCGCUCCUCCGGCCCUGGUGGUCAAAACGUCAACAAGCUUAACACCAAAGCCAACAUCCGACUCGAGCUAUCUCAAGCCGGCAACCAUGCACCCGACUCGCUCGACCGCGCUCAUCCACGUAAAUGGCUAACUCGUGAUCUGGUCAGUCGGAUAGCCAAAAAGUCUCCUUACUACGUCGCUUCCGACCACUCUCUCUUGGUCACCAGUAUGCGACAUAGGACACAGGAAGCAAACGUUCAGGACGCACUGGAAAAGCUGCAUGCUCAUCUACUUGAGCUGGCUCAGGAGGGUCUGGUGGGAGAAACAAGUGAGGAACAGAAGAAAAGGGUCAGAAGGUUGCAGGAGGCAGAUGCCAGAAGGAAGAAGCAGAACAAGAUCAAAAGGGCUGACGUCAAGAGUGGGAGGAAGUUCAGAGGUUGA